AUUUCAUGUGGUUUUUGUUUAUAGCCCUAACAAGGAAGAAGAGCGUAGAUCACUUUAUCAAGAGCUGGUGAAUCGAAAGGAUAAUGGAGUGCCAAUGGUGUAUAUGGGGGAUUUCAAUGCCAUAUCUGAUAUUACUGAAACUUCAAGUACACAGGUGAUUACUCAGAGUGUGCAAGAUUUUCGUGGUUGGAUUCAAAGCAUGGAGUUAAUAGAACAUAAAACUAUUGGCUGUUGGUUUACUUGGUGGAAUCGUCAGAGGAAUAAUCCAAUAGCUCGAAGAAUUGACAGAAUUCUUGUUAAUGAUGCAUGGUUAGAAGGUUUUGUGGAUAGUUCUGCUUAUACUAACCCCCCUGGUAUAUCGGAUCAUUGUGGUUUGAUUGUUGAUACAGCUCCGAAUUUGAAAACUCUUCCUAAGCUUUUAAAUACUUUGUAUUUUGGCAAUCCCAUCCUAAUUACCUGGAUAUUGUUCGAGAGGCUUGGAAGAAGAAGGUUGUGGGAUAUCCCUAUUAUGUAUUCUAUGGCAAGCUUAGUCAAGUGAAGAAGGAACUGAGGAAGCUCAAUUGAGUUGCAUACUCAGAUAUUUCAUGCGGAGUUAAAGUUGUUGUUGUUGUACUGGAACAGGCUCAGGAGAGAGUGUUGACUGAUCCUUGUGAGGCCGCUGUUGAAGAUGAGAAUAAAUUGGGAAUGGAAUAUGGAGAGCUUAAAAAGGCUAAGGAUCUUUACUUCAAACAAAAGUUUAGGGCUCAUGUUAUUUAGGAAGGUGACUCUAACACAUCCUACUUUCAUAAGAUGGUUAAAGUUAAGACACAAAAGUAGAAAAUUACCAGAAUGAGGGAUGAUCAGGGGUUAAUUGUGUCUGAUAUUUAUGAGAUAGGGGCAGUUGCAGUUGACUUCUAUUCUAAACUAAUUGGCACUGAGGAUUCACAAGUCAAGCAGCAGUCAGUAGCUUUCUAUCAAGCUCUACUACAGAAUAAGCUUAAUGUGGAGGAAGGAGAGUACUUAAUGAGAGGUAUUACAAGAGCAGAAACUAAGAGUGUUUUCUAUUCUCUUGGACGUGACAAGGCGCCAGGGCCAGAUGGCUUCCCUGCCGAAUUUUUCAGAGCUCACUGGGAUGUCAUUGGAAAAGAGGUUGAAGAGGUAACGCUUGCUUUCUUUUCAACUGGAAUUAUGCCUACUAUGGUGAACAACACUAUUUUUACAUUGGUUGCUAAUGUCCCUUGUGCUGAGAAUAUGAAAGAUUAUCGGCCUAUCUCGUGUUGUAACAUGUUAUACAAAGGGAUCUCUAAGCUCUUAGCUAAUAGGUUGGCACAGGUCCUCCCAAGUGUGAUAAGUAAGUCCCAAUCUGCGUUUAUCAAAGGUAGGGCCAUUAGUGAUAAUAUCCUUUUAGUUUCUGAACUAGUGAGGAACUACCACUACAAAAAUGUGAGUCCUAAAUGUGUGGUAAAAAUAGACAUCAUGAAAGCUUUUGACUCCGUUAACUGGAAAUUUCUGUUUACUGUAAUGGAAGCAAUGGGUUUCCCUCCUGGUUUCUUAAAGCUUCUGUCUGCUUGCGUUACUACUCCUAAAAUUAAGAUAGCCUUGAAUGGGGGGUUAUGUGGAAAUGUUAGGGAAAAAAAAGGGUUAAGGCAAGGUGACCCUCUGUCACCUUACCUAUUCACCAUAGCUAUGGAGGUUUUGGAUGGCCUUGCUGGAAAGGCAGUGAGGGAGAAUCAGAUCCCCUUCCACCCACGUUGUAAACCGUUAAUGAUCACACAUCUUUGUUUUGCGGAUGAUUUGAUGGUUUUCACGAAUGGAUCAGUAAGAGGGGUGGCAGGAAUAAGGAGACUGAUGGAUGAGUUUUAUACUCUGUCUGGCUUGCAAUGUAAUGCAGCCAAAUGCCAAUUAUUCUGUGCUAGAAUAUCUAAGGAAGAACAGCAGUACAUAUCAACUAUAACAGAAUUCCCUCUUGGAUCCCUACAUGUUCGAUACCUUGGAGUGCCUUUGAUAACUGGAAAGCUUUCUAAGCAUGACUGUCAAGUGCUAAUUGAUAAGAUAACUCAGAGGCUUAGAAGCUGGAGGUCUCGUUUAUUGACAUAUGCAGGUCAUAUCCAGUUGAUCUCGUCUGUUAUCUCUAGUACACUGCAAUACUGGUUGAAUAUCUUUCUGCUUCCUAAGUAUAUAAUCAGGGAGGUAGAGAGAUUGUGCAAUGAAUUUCUUUGGGACUCAGCUGAUGGUGGUACAAGGAAGAAAGCAGUGAUGGCUUGGCACAAACUUGCAAUACCAAAACGAGAAGGAGGUCUGGGAAUACGAAAUUUCAGCCUCUGGAACAAGGCAUGUGUGUUAAGGCAUGUAUGGGAGAUUUUAACAAAUGGUGGUUCACUCUGGGUAGCCUGGGUCUCUCGAUAUAGGUUGAGACAAAGAAGUUUUUGGGAAAUCUCGAUCUCCUCUGCAGGGACAUGGAUAUGGCGCCAGUUAUUGAAGUGUCGUGAAUAUGCUGCUGCUUAUAUUUCAGGUGCUCCCCCGAAUUUGUUAUGGCAGGGGCAGCAGAUGAAAAGGUACUCGGUUACAAGAGUGUGGGAUACCAUUAGAGAACGAAAGCAGGUUGUGGAAUGGCGUAAGCUGGUAUGGUCUAAGGAAAUUAUUCCUAGACAUGGUUUCAUUUUGUGGAUGGAUCUUCAUGAUAGACUGGUGAUGCAGGAUAAGCUCCUUGGGUGGGAAAGCAGGUUUCUUGGCUGUGUCUUUUAUGCCCUGGUGGAGUAGAAACUCGUAAUCAUCUCUUGGUUUCCUGUUCAUUCACUAUUUCUGUAUUGAGACAAUGUUUGAAACAGUUUGCUCCUCCAGGGGAAGGGGACUGGAAUGAAGUGGUGACUUGGUGCAUUCGGCAGUGGGGUAAGAAAAUACCAAGGCACGGUUUAUGUCGUUUGUUAUGGAGUUCUGCCAUCAGCUAUGUUUGGCGUGAGAGGUACAAUCGAUUGUAUGGUUCAAGAAUGAUAAGGCAACCUGAAAUUUUAGCAAAGCAAGUGCAUGCUGAUGUCUCUUAUAGAGUUUCUAGUGAUCUUGCCCUCCAGGCAGAGUUAGAGUAUAUAGAUAGUAUACCUUGAUAGGUUUUCUGUUUUGGUUGUAACAGUUUGAGAGGCGCAUUAAGUUUUUCCUUGAUGUUUUGCCGGUGCUUAAUGCAAGUUUUUUGAUUUCGCAUAAAAAAAAUCAAUGCGUCUUAUUGAC